AUGAAGGUCACCGCCAUCAUCCCUCUCCUGGCCGCCGCCGUCGUGGCCAGCCCAAUCCCAGAGGCCGAGCCAAAGGAGACCAUCACCAUCAGCAACCCACUCUUCACCGAGACCUUCACGAUCCCCGACUUCCCCAAGCCAACUCUGCCAUCGUUCCCGGUCCCAUCAUUCCCGGUGCCUUCCUUCCCGGUCCCAUCGUUCCCAUCGUUCCCCACGCCAUCGUUCCCAUCGCUGCCAAAGCCAUCUUUCCCAGCCUUCGAGGAGCGCGCCGAGGAGCACCACUCUUUCCACCACUCCUUCCCACACUCCUUCCCACCUCACCCAAAGCCAACCCACUGGAACGAGGAGCGUGCGGAGGAGCACAAGUCCUUCCCACACGCCCCAAAGCCGACCUUCAGCAUCCCAAGCUUCAGCAUUCCAACUGAGGUGCCAUCUUUCUCUUUCCCUCACUUCCCUGAGCCAACGCUCUAG